GAGCGCUGCAUUGGGCUGUUGAAAAGCAGACUCCGGUGGCUGCAAAGGCACCUUACUCUGUAUUAUCAUCCAACAAUAGCCAUAGUCAUUAUAUCGGCGUGUGCAGUGCUCCACAAUAUCUGCCUUUCAUCGAGGGAGCCAGAACCGGAGCCAGACUCUGAACCUGACGAGCCAGGGUUGGAGUCUGGGCCGAGCUCGGACGGUUCUCAGUCAAGCUCGGAGGGUUCAGCGACGGAUGACGAGGGGCUGGCUCCUGCUUACCCUCGGGUCAGCCUCUCGGACAGGGGCAGGGUUCUGAGGCAGCGCCUUGUUGCCCAGUUCCGAACCCGCCGUUGCCGUGCCUCCCUGGAGCCCCACGCAAGCCACAAUGGUAGUCCCGCCCACCAGGGACACCACCAGCGCCAAGGAGUCUGUCGCCACAACGGAGGUCCCACUUAUCAGGGACACCGUCGGCGACAGGGAGCCCCUCAUCGUCCUCGCCACGGUGGCACUCCCGCACACCAGGGACGCCACCGGCGACAGCGAAGCCCCCGUCGUCCUCACCUCGACUGA